AAGUAGAAUCCGAUGCCCCGCCAACAGCGCAACCAGCGGAAGCCCAAGGACGGCGCCGAGCCGUACUCGAAGCCCAAGGAAGGCGGCAAGGAUGGCGGCGCCAAGGGCCGGCGCAAUGGCCGUGGCGGCCGCGGUGGCCGCGGUGGCCGUGGCAGCAAGCCCAAGCCCAAGACCACGGAGGACCUCGACAAGGAGAUGGACGGCUACUGGAACAAGAGCGCCGAGCACGCCCAGAAGCAGCUCGACAACGACAUGGACGACUACUGGAAGAAGAAGGACGAAGUUGUGGCGGACGAGCCGGCCGAAGAGGCCGCGCCCGAGACGGCAGCCCAUGCUACGGCCGCCGAGUAAGACCCAUGGCUGACACGGGCGGGUCGAUAUUUUAUAAGCAUGAUCAAACACGAGAACCUUUCCGUCGCAACACGGUCAUGCAAGGCC